UUCCGGUCUCUGGCAGAAAAAUCAUUAGACUAGACUACCUAUUUCCCUUUGAUUUUAACCAUUGAAAUAUAAAUAUUUACUACUCAAAGGUAGCAAAUAUCAUUAUUUAUUUCAAAAAUUGAAAAACUUUGUUAUUAAUGCUGACAUAUUUUACAAUAAACAAAUAUACUUUGCGUUUGAGACUGUAGUAACCUUGACCCAGAUAUUUUCCAUGCUGAAAAACAAAUCGUAGAGAAGGCUUUCAUUUGUCCAUUCCUGUAGAAUCAACAAGUAGAGAAUGAGCAGUCCCCAGUCCAUACCAGGGAAGGCCAUGGGUGCUAACGGUGAGCCACCCUAUGGCACCACACCUCCCAGAAACAAGUUUCUCAUCCCUAGCCCUGUACCGUGUCGUAGGAGCAGGACAUAUUCUGCGUCAGAGAGGGCAGCUGCUGGACCAUUGCACAAGGGAAUCAUGAAGGAGUUUUGUCGUCAUAAGGGACAUGGUUUCAUCAUCCCCGAUGGCGGAGGUCCACUCAUGUUUUGCCAUAUAUCAGAUAUAGAUGGCGAUUAUGUGCCCAAGGCCGGUGAUGAGGUUUGCUACAAGAGAUGUCCUAUUCCUCCCAAGAAUGAGAGGUUCUCUGCAGUUCACGUCAUUAUUUCAAACCCUAACCCCCAUGAAACACACGAGAGAUGGGACACACCCUCUCCUACCCAUGGUACCCCACCCUCAGGUCAUGCCAGCCCUAGGACUUAGCUCAGGAAUUAUUCACAAAAGGCCAUAUGGGAAAUUCCUCCUUUGAUUCAUUACCUAACUAGCUGGUUCUAUAUAAAAAC